GUAGAUACAUAAUUGCUUGUGGGCUUGAUUAUUUUAUUAUAAUUUUUAUAGGUACGUCAAUAUAAAUAGUAGACAGAUUGAAACGGAUGUUAUUAAAAGAAUUGCAAUAGGGAUGAAUCGUAGAGGUUUAAAUACUGGAAACACGAUGUCUUCUCAGUCGAAUAUUGACGAGGGAAGCUGGAAAGGUGUUUCAGAAGGCUCGGCUAUGUUGCCUUCCGCAAAUUCAGCGUCUCUUAAUCCAGACGCCAACAAUCAGAGUGGAUUUCCCCAGGGAGGACUACCAUAUAAUUCAAGCGGUAAUCAAUAUCCACAAGGUGGACAAUCAUCGCCAGCUGGAAAUCAGUCUUUAGUAUUUCAAAAUAGUAAUCAACCCGGAUCAAAUACUCCGCAAUAUACAUCAUCCCCAGCCCCCUCGGGCUCAUCCACCCCUGGUCCAGUGGGAGUCGGUUCGCAAAAUAUACAGGGAAACUAUUCACAGUCACAGGCAUCCGCUAACUUCAACGGACCAGUUGGUGGACCAUUUGGCUCGCCGUCAUCUGGUUUGGGCCAAUUCAGUCGGCCAGCGAGUUCAGGUACACCGUUCAACAGUGGACAAGCGGGUCACUUUUCAUCGCCAACAGUUUUUGGAGUCGGAGGUCAAUUCAAUCCCAUGCCGGCUGCGUCUCCAUUUGGUCAUGGCGGGAAUCAUCCCAUGAUGGGGGGUCCCCAGCAAAUGGAUCGAAUUGACCAAGGCUUUAGACGACACAAUUCAUACUUCAGUCACACGGAGCAUCGAGUGUUUGAACUGAACAAACGCCUUCAGCAGCGUAAUGAAGACAGCGAUAAUUGCUGGUGGGAUUCAUUUACAACAGAGUUCUUCGAAGACGACGCGAGAUUAACAAUCUUGUUUUGCUUGGAAGACGGACCCAAAAGAUAUACGAUUGGACGAACACUUGUCCCGCGCUUCUUUCGAAGCAUAUUUGAGGGCGGUGUCUCUGAUCUGUAUUUUCAGCUCAAACAUGCUAAGGAAUCGUUCCAUAACACAUCUAUAACAUUGGAUUGCGAUCAGUGCACGGUUAUCACACAGCAUGGAAAACCAUUCUUCACAAAAGUCUGCGCGGAUGCAAGACUAAUUCUAGAAUUUAUGUAUGAUGACUACAUGAGGAUCAAAUCAUGGCAUAUGACUAUUAAAGGACACCGAGAACUUAUUCCUCGAACGGUUAUUGGCACAUCCCUUCCACCCGAUCCCAUGCUCAUGGAUCAGAUAACAAAGAAUAUAACACGGGCUGGAAUUACAAAUUCGACUCUAAAUUACCUUCGCCUAUGUGUUAUCCUGGAGCCGAUGCAGGAACUCAUGUCACGCCACAAGGCGUACGCACUCAGCCCGCGGGAUUGCUUGAAAACAACUCUAUUUCAAAAAUGGCAACGCAUGGUGGCGCCCCCUGGCAAAAAGGACCCGCAAAGACCGCCAAACAAGCGACGCAAAAGAAAAGGAUCCAAUUCCGGAGGCGGCAAUAACGCAAACACCCCACCUGUCGCAAAUCAAAAGAGGUCGCCAUCAGGACCAAGCUUCUCCCUAUCUUCUCAAGAUGUAAUGGUCGUCGGUGAGCCAACAUUAAUGGGCGGCGAAUUCGGUGAGGAGGAUGAGAGGCUCAUUACCCGAUUGGAAAAUACGCAAUAUGAUGGCACCAAUGCCGUUGAUCACGAUAACCACACUGGAUUCGGACAUGCCGACUCACCGAUAUCGGGUUCCAAUCCGUGGAGCAUGGAACGAUCUGGCGCUAUUCCAGCUAGUCCUGGAAAUCCAUCUGGACCACAGAACAAUGCAAAUAUAGCUGAUAUAGAUAAAAAGAGCCCUAUUGUCUCGCAAUAGAAGUAAAACAAAUGAACAGACAUACAGACAGACAGACCUAAAUGAUCAUUUCAUUUUUCGAUAUAGUACAUACAUACAUAUGGUGAAAUGUAUUUUCAUACUUGCAUGUAAAAAUAUAUUUAAAAUAAAGUUUCACAGCUUUAGGAAAUGUAAAUAAGAAUAUUAAUUAAACAAAUCUAUGUAUCAAUGUAAUUUGAAAUCUUUAUAUAAUAAUUAUAUGGAAGCAACCAACAAA